AUGGCUGCGAGACUGCAGUUUGUGGUGGCUGAUUUGAUUUCAGUUACGCUGCCUCCAAAGUUCAGUGAAAAAGAUCAGCCGCGCUCCGCUGCACUGCCCCGAGGAUGGUGGCCGGGUCUCCUUGCACUGCUCCUCCUGCUCAGCCUGGGGCUCUGCUGCACCGGUGCCCAGGGACAGAGGGAUGCAGUGGUGGUCAGGUUUCUCAACAGGAGCAUCAUACAGCCCCAGAAGGGACAGAGGCUGGAGCUGGACUGCAUGAGAAACAAUGACUCCUGGAAAGUAUCCUGGAUCCGCCUGGACAAGAGUGGGAAUGUUCACUUCAUUCUCUCCAGUUACGAGAUGAACACCACCACAUUUAAUGGGGGUGAGAGAACAUCUCCGCACUUUGAGGCAUCAUGGAGAGUCAGCACCUCUACGCUGGUUGUGAAAUCCUUCAGGGCAGAAGAUGAGGGGAUCUACUUCUGUGUCAACUACAUCACCCCCGUGCUGCACUUCAGCACUGGACAACGUGCUUUCUUCCCAGGUCAGCAACAGCUUCUCCCACCUCGCUUACACCCAGCACCCCUGCCCGUGCCUUCUCCAUCCAGCCCAUCGCCCACACUCCCCAUGGCCCUGCUUCUUUUCCCAAGCCAUCUCAUCACACAGGCACUGCUCCUCCUCAUAGAGGCUCCCUGCUCACCCGCUUCAUUUGUGGUACCGACACUGCCCAAACACAAUGGCCCUACAAAGUCCCCCCAUGUCCUGCAACGAGCUUCACCCACCACACUCACUGCCUACAAUCAGAGCAGCCAGGUUACCAAGAAGGACAUCUCCCAGCACAGUUCAGGCCCAGGAGCAAGCCAUGAGAACAUGCUGCAUUUCUGCUCUGAUAUAGUCAUGUGGACUAACCUGGCCUGUGCCUGCCUUCUGCUCCUCACUGCCAUAACCAUCACCAUCACGCACUGCCAAAGACCAAGCUCACCGUAAGCCAAGCAGUGCUGCGUCGCUGCUCAGCAGAAGGCACACAGACGUC